AUGAAGUUCAUGCUGUCUGUCGCCGCCCUUGCGGCUGCUGUGGCCGAAGCGCAUUAUACCCUGCCCUCUAUCAAUGGCGGUGCCGAUUGGGCCAAUGUCAGAAAAACCACGAACUAUCAAUCGAACGGUCCGGUGACCGACGUAACGUCCUCCGCGAUGACGUGCUACCAGCUCGCCGCCGGUAACGAGGGCGCCACAACUGUUAAUGUUCAAGCUGGUUCCUCUGUGGCUUACAAUGUCAAGGCGAGCGUUUCGCACCCUGGUCCAUUCUCCGCGUGGCUGGCCAAGGUCCCCUCUGGUCAGACUGCUGCCACAUAUGAUGGAUCUGGAGCAAAUUGGUUCAAAAUCUAUCAGGAUUACCCCACGGUAGCCUCGAGUGGCUUGACGUGGCCAUCGCAAGGAAAAUCAACUAUCAACAUCCCGAUCCCCAAGUGUGUCGCGGAUGGCGAGUACCUGCUCAGAGCCGAGCACAUUGCACUCCAUUCGGCCAGCUCGGUCGGAGGAGCUCAGCUUUACUUGUCUUGCGCGCAAGUCUCCGUCUCUGGAGGCUCCGGGACAGCAAGUCCCACCAAGGUGUCCUUCCCUGGCGCAUACAAGGCCACCGACCCCGGUCUGGUCGUCAAUAUCUACUACCCUGUCCCAACCAACUAUGUCCCCCCUGGGCCGGCUCCCCUGACUUGCUAA